UAUAACAUCUUAACCGGCGUGGACUCCCUGCCGUUCACAAACGCAUGACGUCUUUUCGCAUCUUUUGUCACAGAAAUACCUCCGGCGCUUUUACGGCCUUCCGGUCGGCCUCCAAGGUCAUCGGCGGUCAUCGGGAGACUUUAAGACCAAGCUUAAGGAAAUGCAGAAAUUCUUCAACCUUAAGGUGACAGGCAGUCUGGAUGACAACACGUUAGACUUGAUGACCCAGGCGAGAUGUGGCGUUCCAGACGUUGGCGAAUACAACCACUUCCCUCGACACCUCAAAUGGAAAAGCAGCAAGGUGACUUUCAGGAUUACGAAUUACACUCCAGAUCUGAGGAAGUCCGACGUCGACCGAGCCAUCCGCGCAGCGCUCAACGUUUGGUCUGACGUGACCCCGCUGACUUUUCAGAAGCUCUACCGGGGCAACGCCGACAUUAUGAUCAGCUUUGGAAGGAAAGAACACGGAGACUACAACCCUUUCGACGGGCCGAACGGACUGCUGGCUCACGCCUACCCGCCCGGCGACGGCAUCGGAGGGGACACUCACUUUGACGAGGAUGAACACUGGACCAAAGACUCAUCAGCAUACAACCUCUUCAUAGUGGCGGCACACGAGUUGGGUCACGCCCUCGGUAUGUCCCAUUCCACCGACCCGGGCGCCCUCAUGUACCCCAUCUACGCCUACGCUACAGGGUACCCGCUCGCUGAGGAUGACAUCGACGGCAUCCAGGCCCUCUAUGGCCCCAACCCAAACCACAGGAAAGUGAAGCCGAAGCCGGACGCCCCCAAGAAAUGUGACCCCUCGUUGAGUUUUGACGCCGCGACGGAGCUCAGGGGAGAAACCUUCAUCUUCAAAGACAAGUUCUACUGGCGCCUCCACCCCCAGAUGCACGAACCCGAGCUGACACUGAUCAAAUCCACUUGGCCGUCCAUCCCCAACAAGGUGGACGCGGCGUACGAGGACCCAGAGAAGGAUCGGGUUUUGAUUUUUAGCGGUAUCCGCAUGUGGGCUUUGAAUGGAUACAACGUGGUGAAGGGUUAUCCAAAGUACAUCCACACACUGGGACUCCCCAAGAGUGUGAGGAAAGUGGAUGCGGCUGUUCACAUCCGAGACACGGGGAAGACUCUCCUCUUUCAUGAUGAAGACUAUUGGAGUUAUGAUGAAGCAUCAGGCACCAUGGAUAGUGGCUACCCACGAUCAAUAGAGAAAGAUUUUCCCGGCAUGGACGAUGAGGUUGACGCCGCCGUUUAUCACUACGGACACUUGUAUUUCUUCCAUGAGCAUGUGCAGUAUGAGUACAGCUACGCAGCGAGGAAGGUCAUACGCAUCCUCACAACCAAUUCCAUUCUCGGCUGCUGAUGCCGCUUAAAAGCCCCAGUGACCCUUACUUAAUUAGGGGGCUGUUCCAACUACUGGUAAAGAUACAUGCACAUUAUAUUAAAAAAGAGACCUUCAGCUCUACACCCCUAUGAACCACAUGCACACGGAUAAAACAGUGUGCAUUGGAUCACAGUCGCAGCCUUAAAUAUUGUUGUCUUUGAAACAAAUAAUAAUCUCUAAAGCCGAAUGGUUCAAAAGCGUCCCAGGAAACAUCUCAGUGUGUUGUGACCUUGCUAUGUCCUGUCGUUUUUCUUUAGCCUGGAAGCCAACAUGGAUUCUGUAGAAAUAUAAUUGAACAGUUGGCCUUGGAUGAGCCCUAGAAUGUAUUCUAGUGAUUAUCAUUCAAUCUGCUGGCCGCUGAAAAUGCUUACACUGACUCGGGAGUGAUCUCACAAGUGUAACCUUUCAAGUGAAGCCAGGAUUAUGAAAAUAUACCUUGUCGUCGUUAAGGUAAACGUAAUGAUUUGCAGACAUGUCAUGGUUGCUAAAUACAGUAUAAUGGAAAGCCAUAGGAAUGUAAUCGCAAAAUGAACAUGCUUAUUCACAAAAGUGCUGGACACAACAACAUUUCUUCUUUUUAUUAUUUAUUUUGUUUGUUUGAGAUGUUUAGUUUAACUGCAAGUUUGUCCGGCUGGCCUGUAAGCUCAGUUUUCAAAGUGUAUUAAAUGAAGUGUGAACACUUUUUAGUGUGUGUUUCAAUUGCCCUGUCAUGUGCUUGAACUGCUAUUGGUUGUCAGUGUUAUUCAAUAAAAUGGCUUAACAUGUGUUACCA